UGUGCUAUGGUCAAUGGUCAUUGAUUUGUUGGGGUUAAUAAAUAAGAAUAUUUCUUAAGAUAUAAAACAAAUAAGCAAAAUGGAUAUUUAGAUUUAGCAAUUUACAUUAAGAUAUUCUAUUUUUAAUUCAAAUAUUUAAAAAACAACAAUGGGUGAGCCGGGAAACCUACCUCCACCUCAAAUGAUCAUGAAUCCAGAAGUCAUGCAAAUGCCUCCAGGUACGGGACCUGAAAUUAUACUUAUGAUGCCGGGUCCGCCACCAGAAUCAAUGUUGGGUACUCCACCACCAGGAUUUGGACCUCCAGGUACUCAAGGAUGGACAAACGACGACUUUGGUAGUGUAAACCCACCCAUGAUGCAGCAACCUCCACCUAUUAACGAAAAGCAGUUACCUUCCUUACUGUCGCUAAAAGUCGACCCACCGGAGCAGUUAGUUGAGGGUGGUAAUUCCGAAGUCGUCCUGCCUCAAGCGUUGGAAGAAGUGCUAGCUCUUAAAAAUCAAAGAGCGCUGGAACUCGGCACCGAAAUUGACGGAGGCAGUGAAACAGCGCCAGUGCAGAAAGAGUCGGAACGGGAACCGUUGUGGGAGAAAGAUGAUAAUGUGGAUACGGUAAUAGACACUGAACUAGUAGAAGAUUCGAACCAAAAGGACAAAGAUUCUAAAGUUAGUAAAAACAAGAAGAAAAAAAAGAGAAAGAAAAACAAGAAAACCAGAGAAAACGAGGAGAAACAGAAAGGAACCGCGAAAGAAAAUGAAGAAAUCGAGGAAUUAGACACGCCAAAGGGCGAUGUUGAAAUCGAGUACGUUCAAGAAUCCAUAGGGCUGCACGAGCUUGCGCCGCAAUAUCGGCAGUUCUACAGCAUUUUCGAAUCGUUCAAAAUAUCGGACCAGAAGGCGGACAUAGCGCCCCCUAUGCUCGCCACCCCUACCUCACUGUCGAGCAAAGCUAUCAUGGCCAACGACGACCUCUUAGAGGACAUCGAGGACGCCGACGAUAAAAAGCUGGAAGACAAGUCGAAACUGUCCAAGAGGAAAAUGAAGAAACUGACGAGGUUGAGCGUGGCCGAGCUGAAGCAGCUGGUGCACAGGCCGGACGUGGUCGAAAUGCACGACGUUACCGCCAGGGACCCCAAGCUGCUCGUGCAGCUGAAGGCGCACCGGAACACUGUCCAGGUUCCGAGGCACUGGUGCUUCAAACGUAAAUACCUUCAGGGCAAAAGGGGUAUAGAGAAGCCGCCGUUCAAUCUCCCCGAUUUCAUUAAAAAAACUGGGAUCAUGGAAAUGCGGGCCUCCCUUCAGGAUAAGGACGAGUCUAAAACGUUGAAGGCUAAGAUGAGGGAAAGGACGAGGCCGAAGCUGGGGAAAAUCGAUAUCGAUUAUCAGAAGCUGCACGACGCCUUUUUCAAGUGGCAAACGAAACCGAAAAUGACGAUCCACGGCGACCUCUACUACGAGGGCAAAGAAUUCGAAACCAGGCUGAAGGAGAAGAAACCCGGGGACCUGUCGGAGGAACUGCGCACGGCUCUCGGGAUGCCCGUGGGGCCCAACGCCAAUAAAGUUCCGCCGCCGUGGCUGAUCGCCAUGCAGAGAUACGGUCCGCCUCCGAGUUAUCCCAAUCUGAAGAUCCCCGGCCUGAACGCCCCAAUUCCCGAGGGGUGCUCCUUCGGUUACCAUGCCGGAGGUUGGGGUAAACCUCCGGUGGACGAAAACGGCAAGCCGCUGUACGGCGAUGUGUUCGGAACGAACACCAGCAACAUUGACGAUAUCGGGGAGGACCCGAACGUCGACAGAUCGCUUUGGGGUGAACUGGAGUCCGAGUCGGAGGAAGAGAGCGAAGAGGAAGAGGACGAGGAGGAAAAGGACAGUCAGAACGUUGUAGACGACUCGGGACUGGUCACGCCAGCAGAAGGACUUGUGACGCCUAGCGGUCUCACUAGUAUCCCGGCCGGUAUGGAAACGCCGGAGGCCAUCGAGCUGAGGAAGAAGAAGAUAGAAAACGAGAUGGACGGAGCAGAGACGCCGGUACUGUACCACAUCAUCCCAGAGAAGAGGAACGAGAGAAUCGGCAACGCCAUGAUGGCCAGCAGCCACGUGUACGACAUGAGCAACGUGGGCGGCGCGGGACCUCCUCCCGUCAUUUCCAGAAGGACGGAUCGCGAGGGAAUGGUGGAAUUGGCCCUGGAUCCCUCGGAACUGGACAUGGACAGCGACGCCAUGGCCGUGAGGUACGAGCAACAGAUGAGGGAGAACCAGUCGCAGCUGCAGAAGGAGGACCUCAGCGAUAUGCUGGCCGAGCACGUCGCAAAACAAAAGAGCAAACGUAAACGUCAGCAACAGGACACGAAACAAACAAAGAAAUAUAAAGAAUUUAAAUUUUAAGAAUUCCCAUGUAAAAAAUUUAAGUAAAAUCUUGUCCGCUAUGGAUUUGGUGUUUUUGUAUGUAUCGCUAGAAUUAAAGCUAAAAUA